UCUUGCUCCUCUUCAUCCGAUCCUUCUUCCUCCUUAGCCAUUCGAUUCUUUGUUCAGACUUGCUCCUCCCGCCAUCCCACUUGAUGGCGUUUUCGCUCCGCAUUGGUUGCACGGGCAGUAAUCAUGGCUUUGCCAGGUUCGGCAUCGACAAUAAUUGGUGUAGUCUCUGUGGCGUUGCGCCACGGCCCAUGUCUGUGAUGUUCGCUGCCGAUCAGAGCAGUUCGAGAGGACAAAAUAGGAGGAUCACGGCGGCGGCCGCCACCUUGACCGCCGCGCCGGCCAUGGCGGCGACCGGUUUCGAGAAGAACUAUUUGAGUUUCGAUAUGGAAACGCGUGGCUCUGGCGAUCGGGCAGAAGGAAAGGACGCUGCCGACACGAUCGAUAGGUUGGACAAGUGGAUGAGGGAUUCUGUGGUGGAGAUCGUCAAGAAUUUGAGGGAAGCGCCGUUGUUAGUGCAGGUUUUUCCGACGGGGUAUAUUGACGGCGAUAACAACAAUGAUGAUCAUAUGAUAACGACGACGACGACAACGGCGACGUUGGUGACAGAGAAGAGGGCAAUGGAGGAGAAUUGGCCAGAGGCGAAGGAAAAAUGGCGACGGGAUAUGGCGCUAUUGCCGGAAGGCCUUAUAUUGGUGGAAGAAUUGACCGGCGACGAUCAGACUGGGAAAGAACGACCAGAAGGGGGGGAAAACACGACGAAGGUGUGGGGGGUGGUGGUUCAGGGAAGACGGGCGGGGUGCGGGCCGGCCUGCUAUUUGUUGAAGACAACUCGGGUCGGGUCAAGCCAGUCGGGACCCUUUUGCACCCAUUAUUGCUUAACAAGGGUGAAGAACUUGAUGGAGACAGUGGAUUCACAAUUCAAGAAUCUUUGGCUAACUCAGAGCCAGAACCAGUGAAUGAUCAAGUAAUUUUAUUCUUUAGAUACUUGAUUAAGUAACUGUGCACAAUAUAAAUAAGAUUCAUCCUGCGGUGUGCCGCAUGACCUUAUUCUGGCCAUGAUUUUGCGGAUGUGUACAGAGUCAGUGACAUAGUGAAAUAUUUUUAAAUUACUAUUGGCAUCCAUUUUUGAACAUUAAUAUUUCAUGUUUCAUUCUCUAAUUUA